AUGAAACGCUCAUUUACAGGCGAUCCUCAACAAGAUUCCAAGAAGCAUUGCAUUUCACAUUCCACACACGACAAUAACAAGGUUUCAGCCGACGACGAACUCAGUAUGAGUACUCUCAUUCUCAACCAUGUCCACGACCUUGUACGAGAUCUCGAUCAAGGACAUGUCGACCAUUGCUUGAGUAAACAGCUAUCUCGUGAUACCCUGGAGCGUCUAUCAACAGAGGAUGUCGACUUGGCUACCUCCCUCGACAGUGCGUUGAAGAACAUUGCCCAACGGCAGCUUAUGCUCGAGACAGACAAUUUACGAUACCGAAUUGCUAUCCAGCAGCAAUAUCAACUCUUGACAGCAGGGCAACAAUACGAACAUCCUGAUGACCUAACAUCUCUUGCUGCUGCUCAAGCUUCAUCCGAUGGUCAUCGAUUAUCAUUAUCAUCAUCAUCAUCUUCGUCAAAAACAGUACACCAACAGCAGCAGCAGCAACAACAACAACAACAACCUCCUUCGCCCAUCACAUCAGCACCUUCCACUGAAUCUGUUAGCAAGGAUGAGAAGCAGCCAUCAUCAUCAUCAACAUCAUCAUCAUCAGCUACACCAGAAGAUGAUCUCGCUACGAUCAAAGACGCCAACAUGCUUUCAAAGUUACAUCCCCCCAGCCGAAGCCCUAUAUUGCCAAUGCCACCUGUUGCUGCUACUACCCCUGGUGGUGGCUACUUUGCCGUUUCUAGUCAUGCUCCCACAACACCUUCUGUAACUCCGCCCUUCAACUCAUCCGGUGCUUCUAUGUUUUUUGCUUCAAUCUCACCUUCUUUCUCCGACAAUGACAAUGGCAACCUUGCUGUAUGCCCUGAUUGUGUGAUGCAAGCUGUCAAGGUGGCUUCAUCCGUAUUUGCUGGAAGAUUGGAUCGACGUAUUACUUGUACCCAUGAACGCUACGCUGCUGCAACAGGCAUUAGUCUCGACGCUACAUCAUCCAUCCAUAUGUUGAAGCAUGCUGUCAAUAGUAUGGUAGACCGACUACAACGCGUGGCCGAUGAAGCAACCUACGUCGCUCAUGAGACCGCUGUCAAAGGGAAACUUGGUGUCCAAGCUCGAUGUGAUCGUGACAUGACAGGUGUAUGGCGUGAUUUUAUGCUCAACCUCAACAGCAUGACACGAAGCCAUUUGGAACAAGUGCGUGAUAUUGCAGAUGUAUCGACAGCUAUUGCACGUGGCGAUCUUAGUAAGGCUAUGACGGUUCCUGUCAAAGGUGAAACGCUUUUAUUGAAGAAUACAUUCAACACAAUGGUGAAUCAGCUCAAUUUGUUUGCAUCCGAAGUAUCACGGGUCGCUCAUGAUGUCGGCACCGAAGGUCGACUAGGUGCACAGGCCACUGUGGCUGGUGCGGAUGGCAUUUGGAAGGAACUCACCGAUAAUGUCAAUACCAUGGCUGCCAAUCUCACAAACCAAGUACGGGAUAUUGCUCAAGUCUCCAAAUCCGUGGCUCGUGGCGAUCUCACAAAAAAGGUCAAGGUGGAAGUCAAGGGAGAAAUGCUCGAUUUGAAAAAUACAAUCAAUACCAUGGUGGAUCAGCUAUCUACUUUUGCAAUCGAAGUGACACGAGUAUCACUCGAGGUGGGGACUGAAGGAAAACUUGGUGGCCAAGCAGUGGUCAAGGACGUUGGUGGCACAUGGAAAGAUUUGACCCAAAAUGUGAACAUGAUGGCAUCCAAAAUUACCGACCAAGUGCGUGACAUUGCUGUUGUGGCAAAAGCAGUGGCUCGAGGUGACUUGAGCAGAAAAGUAACUGCCAACGCGCAAGGCGAGGUGCUUGAGCUCAAGAAUACAAUGAACAGGAUGGUUGAUCAAUUACGGCUCUUUUCAGCGGAGGUGCGAAGGGUAUCUCUUGAAGUUGGUGUGGAAGGCAAACUCGGUGGACAAGCUGUUGUCAAGGAUGUGGGUGGUGCAUGGAAAGACCUUACCGACAAUGUCAAUACUAUGGCAGCCAAUUUGACAACGCAAGUACGCUCCAUUGCCGAAGUUACAAAGGCUGUUGCUAGGGGUGAUCUUAGCAAGAAAAUUGAUGUUGUCACUCGGGGUGAAAUCUUGGAUCUCAAAAACACUGUCAACGACAUGGUGGAUCAGCUACGUGUGUUUUCAUUUGAGGUGACAAGAGUAUCUCGUGAAGUUGGUACCGAAGGCAAACUUGGUGGUGAAGCUGUGGUGCCGAAUGUGAGUGGUACCUGGAAAGAUCUCACCGACAAUGUCAAUACUAUGGCAGCCAAUUUGACAACACAAGUGCGUUCGAUUGCUGAAGUCACAAAAGCUGUUGCGAGGGGUGAUCUUAGCAAGCAAAUUGAUGUUGAGACACGUGGCGAGAUUCGAGAUUUGAAGAAUACGGUCAACAACAUGGUGGAUCAACUCAACGUCUUUGCAGCUGAAGUAACACGUGUUGCUAAAGAAGUCGGCACUGAAGGAAAGCUUGGUGGACAAGCGGUGGUGCCAAACGUUGAUGGAACAUGGAUGGAUUUGACCGAUAACGUCAAUCAUAUGGCUGCCAAUCUCACUACUCAAGUGCGGUCCAUCGCUGAAGUAACCAAAGCUGUGGCACAUGGUGAUCUUAGCAAGAAGAUUGACGUGGAAACAAGAGGCGAGAUUCUCGAAUUGAAAGAUAUCGUCAACAACAUGGUGGAUCAAUUGCGCGUAUUUGCAUCCGAAGUGACUCGUGUAUCCAAAGAAGUCGGCACCGAAGGCAAAUUAGGAGGCCAAGCUGUGGUUCAAGGCGUUGCUGGUACAUGGCAUGAGCUCACUAGUAACGUCAAUAUAAUGGCCGCCAAUCUUACGGACCAAGUGCGUUCAAUUGCCGAGGUGACCAAAGCUGUUGCAUUGGGUGAUUUAUCCAAAAAGAUUGAAGUUGAGAGCGGUGGUGAGAUAUCAGAGCUCAAGAAUAUUGUCAACAACAUGGUGGAUCAAUUACGUAUAUUUGCCUCCGAAGUGACUCGUGUAUCCAAGGAAGUGGGUACUGAAGGCAAACUUGGAGGCCAAGCUGUUGUACAAGGCGUAGCUGGCAUGUGGCAUGAGCUCACGAACAAUGUCAAUAUCAUGGCUGCCAACCUUACAACUCAAGUGCGCUCUAUUGCUGAGGUGACCAAAGCUGUCGCGAAUGGUGACUUGAGGAAGAAGAUUGAAGUUGAGACUCGAGGAGAAAUUUUGGACUUGAAGAACAUCGUUAACGACAUGGUGGAUCAGCUGAGGGUGUUUGCAUCUGAAGUGACACGUGUGGCAAAGGAAGUUGGCACCGAAGGCAAACUUGGUGGACAAGCGGUGGUACCCAGUGUUGGUGGCACGUGGAAAGAUUUGACAGAUAAUGUAAACACCAUGGCAGCCAAUCUCACCAAUCAAGUACGUUCUAUUGCCGAAGUUACCAAGGCCGUUGCUUCAGGCGAUUUGAGCAAGAAGAUUGAAGUCGAAAGUGGUGGUGAAAUUCGGGACCUCAAGGAUAUUGUCAAUAACAUGGUGGAUCAGCUACGUGUGUUUUCGACUGAAGUUACUCGUGUUGCAAGGGAGGUUGGCACGGAUGGCAAUCUUGGUGGUCAAGCUAUAGUUCAAGGGGCAGCAGGCACAUGGUGGGAGCUUACCAGGAAUGUCAAUGUUAUGGCGGCCAAUCUUACCAAUCAAGUACGCUCUAUUGCAGAAGUAACAAAAGCUGUUGCCCAUGGUGAUCUAUCCAAGAAGAUUGAAGUUGAGAGUGGUGGCGAGAUUCUUGAGCUUAAGAAUAUUGUCAACAACAUGGUGGAUCAAUUGAGGGUCUUUUCAACCGAAGUUACUCGUGUGGCAAGGGAAGUUGGCACGGAUGGCAAUCUUGGUGGUCAAGCCAUUGUUCAAGGCGUUGCUGGUACAUGGCAUGAGCUCACAAGCAAUGUCAAUAUAAUGGCUGCCAAUCUUACGGACCAAGUGCGUUCGAUCGCCGAGGUGACCAAAGCUGUUGCAUUGGGUGAUUUAUCCAAGAAGAUUGAAGUUGAGAGCGGCGGCGAGAUAUCAGAGCUCAAGAAUAUUGUCAACAACAUGGUGGAUCAAUUGCGAGUCUUCUCAACCGAAGUCACCAGGGUUGCAAGAGAAGUUGGUACUGAAGGAAAGCUUGGAGGACAAGCGGUCGUACAAGGUGUUGCUGGCACGUGGAAGGAUUUGACAGAUAAUGUCAACAUGAUGGCUGGAAAUUUGACAACCCAAGUACGAUCCAUUGCUACUGUCACCACAGCUGUAGCCAAGGGUGAUCUCUCGAGAAAGAUUGAUGUCGAGGUUCAGGGUGAAAUUAUGGAGCUCAAGGAUACGGUGAAUUCGAUGGUGGAUCAGCUACGUUGGUUUGCAGCGGAGGUCACCAGAGUGGCACGUGAGGUUGGCACAGAAGGCAAACUUGGCGGCCAAGCAACUAUUAGCGGUGUUGAUGGCACGUGGAAGGGAUUGACAGACAAUGUGAACUUGAUGGCGAGCAACUUGACGGACCAAUUGCGAUCUAUUGCUGCCGUAUGUAAAGCUGUGGCUCAAGGCGACUUGUCAAAGAAAAUCGAAGUCGAGGCGCAUGGUGAAAUUGCCGAACUCAAGGAUACCAUCAAUACCAUGGUCGAUCAGCUUAAUUCGUUUGCAUUUGAAGUGACACGUGUUGCUCGUGAAGUGGGUACAGAAGGCAACCUUGGUGUCGAAGCUCGAGUGGAAGGCGUUGAAGGUGUUUGGCUUGAGAUUACCAGCAACGUCAACACGAUGGCAUCCAAUCUUACGACUCAAGUGCGUGCAUUUGCAUCCAUCUCAGCAGCUGCAACAGAGAAUGAUUUUUCACGGCUUAUCACUGUCGAAGCUCAAGGUGAAAUGGAUGCAUUGAAAACCAAGAUCAAUCAGAUGGUGGGUUCGCUACGUGAUGCCAUCCGCAAGAAUGGACAAGCAAGAGAGAGCGCUGAAAUGGCAAAUCGAUCCAAGAGCGAGUUCUUGGCCAAUAUGAGUCAUGAAAUCAGAACACCCAUGAAUGGCAUCAUUGGCAUGACAUCCCUUACGCUCGAAACAGAACUCACACGACAACAGCGUGAAAACCUUAUGAUCGUAUCCAGUCUCGCCAACUCGUUAUUAUCAAUCAUUGAUGCCAUUUUGGAUAUCUCAAAGAUCGAAGCGGGUCGUAUGACUAUUGAAGCUAUCCCAUUCUCGCUGCGAUCAUCCGUUUUCAGUGUGCUCAAGACGCUUGCUGUCAAGGCAAAUCAAAAGAAGCUCGACUUGAUCUACAAUGUUGAUAAGGCUAUCCCUGAUCAGCUUAUCGGUGAUCCACUACGCUUGCGACAAGUGAUCACGAACCUUAUUGGCAAUGCCGUCAAGUUUACUACUGAAGGUCGAGUAGAGCUUGAAACUCGUGUCUUGGGUAUGGAUGGUGACUUUGUGAAGGUCCAAUUUUGCGUUAGCGACACUGGUAUUGGUAUCCAACAAGAAAAGCUCAACAUCAUUUUCGACACCUUUUGUCAAGCAGAUGGAAGCACCACUCGUGAGUAUGGUGGAUCAGGCCUUGGUCUCUCUAUUUCCAAGCACCUUGUGGAGUUGAUGCAUGGCGACUUAUGGGUUGAAUCAGCAUAUGGAUGUGGAUCUCAGUUUUACUUUACAGUCAAAUUACGGCAGUAUCAUGUGGCACAGAAGGAGAUUUUGGAGAAGAUGUCAAAGUUCCAAGGACGACGCAUUCUCUUUGUUGACAGCAUGAAUGAUACCACGGGGGUAGCCGAUAAAAUACAGCAACUUAACUUGGAGACUUUUCGUGUGAACAGCGUGGCUGCAGCAACAGAGUUAGCCAACAAGCAUACCAAUUCAAGUGACCAUGCACCUUUCUUUGAUACGGUGAUCAUUGAUCAGAUGAGCCAAGCGGAGCGCAUACGUGAAGUGAUACCAUUGCGAUAUACCCCUCUUGUUCUCAUUUCACCUGAAGUACAUCGCCUUAAUAUGAAACUAUGCAUCGAUCUUGGUAUCACCGCCUACAUCAAUUCGCCACGCAAUCUUCCCGAGUUAUUGGAUGCGUUAUUACCAGCACUCGAAAGCCAUGUGGCAUUGCCAAGUGACUCUGGAAAAAUUGCACCUUUACGGAUUCUGCUGGCAGAAGACAAUGUCGUCAAUCAAAAACUCGCAUUGCGUAUCCUUCAAAAGGUUGGACACAACGUCAAGAUUGUAUCAAACGGCAAGCUUGCAGUGGAGGCAUUUGAGACGCAAUCUUUUGAUAUGAUAUUGAUGGAUGUGCAGAUGCCUGUGAUGGGUGGAUUUGAAGCCACUCAGCUUAUUCGCCAUCUUGAACAUGAAUCCGGAACCAAUUCUCGUAUACCCAUUAUCGCAUUGACAGCACACGCUAUGAUUGGAGACCGUGAAAAGUGCUUGGACGCAGGAAUGGAUGAAUAUGUAACCAAGCCAUUACGUCUUCCCGAGCUGAUUGCAGCCAUCAAAAAGUUUGCUCCCCAUCGGUCUUAG